AUAUUUCACAUUCUCCAGAAUGUUAAGUGACACUUUAACUGCUCGCUGUGGUGGGGAAGGGGCAGAGAUAGGUGAGCACUCUCCCAGCCUAGAGCAGCAGGACCAGCCCAGAAGGCAGCGGCGGCCCAGGCCAGCACUCCCGCACAAAUCUCCUCAGACCGGCUGUUGGGGGAAAAAAGUGUUAGCCGUCUUUCCCGGAUCUGCGAGGGGGAAAAUAUUUGGAACCAUAAAGUUGAAAACUUUUUUCUCUCAGUUUGGAAGAAGCCCUUCGUCAUGAAUGGGAUCGGCGGAGUUCGGGAGAGAGGAGGCGAGAGGCGCAAAGGUAACAAAGCCCUGGCCUGGGCUGGCGUUUUUUGAUUGUUUUAUGAGCUCUUUUCACAAGUGAAGAAGAAAUACUCUCUCGCCUCCUCCUUUUUCUUUUUUAACUCUCUUGGCUGGGUUUUUAUGGUGGAUGCUUCGGCAGGUUUGCUCCCUUUUAUGAUGACGGAUGCUUGGGUCAGAGGGAGAGAGAGGGGCCUCAACACCUGGAGAGUGUUUGAACUGGUUGAGACUGAGGUGUCAGGGCCCAUGAAAAACCUCAGAGAAUAGGCUUGUUUUGUGAGGCAGUUCAGAGGUACUUUUCUGGUUUUGGAAAAUGCAUGUAGGCACAGCGAGCCCCAGCAUGUGUGCAUGGGUGAGUCUAGUGAGGUGCACAUGUGGUCAGGGUGUUCCGGUUACUCUGCUUGUCUACACUGGGGACUAGUGUCCCCUAUGCCUGUUUACCGGUGAGACGUUGUCACUGCUGUCUCUUGGAAAAAUUGAAUCCAGCGCUUGGAUGGAAUGUUCCAGCUUUGGAGCGGGUAUAAGUAGAUAUGGUUUUUUUUCUUCUUGUGUCUAGCUUGGGAUUCUAGACAAAUAUGUGCUACUCUCUGGAGCAGGAAACUGCUCAGUUCGCAGGCGAGGUGCAUUGAUGCAGAAAUGCUUCUCUUCUGCUCUGUGCUCCCAGCCUUCUUCCUGGAGGAGCGAUGUUGGUUCGGUUUGGUUUCCCUUUGCUCUCCUAAUUUGGAGUCUCUGUUCUCUCACCUCUGCAGCCCUGUUUCUUAGGCUGAAGGAGUCACUGGACUCUGCAGCCGACCUGAAUGUGCUGGCCCUUUUCCCUGAGGCCUCACUCAGGGUUUGGAGAGGGGGCGCUGGCAGGAGGGAGAGUUCAUGGAGAGGCCACGUUUUCUAGGUGAUUAGCUCAGUUUUAGAACCACAAAAUGACCUCGGAAGCCCCUUGACCUCGCUGAGACUGGACAUUGUGUUAGUUCUUGCCUCCUGCCUAGGAAGGAGAGUCACACCUCUGCAGGGAGGGGUCCUUGGCCUGUCAUGCGUCCCAUCUAAUCCAUCCCCCUCUAGGCCCCAAGCCCAUCUUUGUGAUUUUGGAACUUUUGGGUUAUUUUUCUAUUACUGUCCACUGGGGGGAAGGCAUAAAAGUUUUUAGCCCAUGGGUGCAGUCAGGGGAGGGAAGUAGGGUGCUAUUCUGUCUCUCUGUACAGAGCAUCUUCGGUAGUCCAGGCUCCAGCCAUCCUACCCCCACCACUCCCAGGUCCAGUUCAUCUCUUUACUGUUUCACUUGGAGGGAACUGAGGGAAGAAAGACAAAGGGAGAAGAUAUGAGAGGUUGGAGGAGCUCAAUCCACAAGGCUUCAGAGGGUCAGAGAAAUAAACUCCAGAGCUUCGAGGAGAGAAAGGGCUUCCACCUUGAACAUUGCUUUGGGGACUGUCAUCUCUCUGAGGGCUGACAUCCAAAUCCACAGCCUCUUAACCCAUUUUCUGAAGUUCCUUUGUUUAGGAAGAUAUUUCUAUCAUCGCCUUUACCUCUUUCCCCUAAUUCCUAAUCUCCUCAAUAACCAAAAGAGCCCUUGGAGUGCCUCACCCACCAAGAGGAGCAAGGGAAAUGGGAAAAGGAUCAGUGCAGACUGUUCAAAGCACCUUCCAGGGCCUGCUCUCCCACGUUAGCCAAAGUUUUCAGAAACCUUUAAGAAAUAGGUGGAGGAUUGCCCAGUAUAUAGAGCCUUUCCAAAACUGUAUUCUGUUUGCUGUAUCUUAAAAAUCCGCACGAGCAGCCACCCUCUUAGGGAGAGACAGAGACAAAAUGAAAGAGACAGACACAGAUAGAUGCUGGCUGGGAGGAUGAAAUGUUCCCCUUCAGUUGAGACUAGGAGAGACAGAAGCUAGCUAGGCUAUGUGGGCUGUUGAUUUGAAUUUUAUUAAUUGUUUCUUGAAAUUUGGGGACUCUAUCUCACGCAAGAAAUAACUGGAGUGGUUGAUAUUUUCUCCUUUGUCCCUGGGUGGUAUAAGUUGAGGGGCUGGAGGCCUCAGGAAGGAAAGAGGAUGAGCAGAAAGCAAGCUAGGCUGCACCUGGACUAAAAAUAUUUGGGGGUCAGGGAGAUGUACAUUCAUGACCUAUAAGGGCAGACAGCCAGUUGUGAACCCUCUAUAGGUCCAAGUGACAAAGACCUGGUUGCCUGGGACUUUACAAACUGCUCUCUGCAAUGUGAGGAUGAGGACCCACCAAAGGGAAAAGGAGAGGGACCAUAGUCAGGGAAGGCUGGGGUUCACUAAGGACUUUCAGCCUCACAGGCUAAAACUGCCAGAUCUCCCAUUUCCCUCACUCCAGACAAUUCUAGUGCCACUCCAGUCCGCCCAGUCUUUUGACUUCUUUCCCUCCUUUCUUCCCAGUUCCCUCAGCCCUCCCCAUUCUCCCUCCUACUUCCACCAGCCUGUCCUAGGAAGAGGGGGUUGCCCAGUCCUGCCAGAGCUCUCGGAGGCAGCCCCAGCACUGGUGGUGGGUCUCCCUGGGAAGCGGCGGCUGGGAAGGGGGUCUGGUUGGAAAACGGAGUUGGGAAGUUUCCCAGCGUGAGUUGAGCGCUGACGGAUUUGUGAUCAGCCAUAAAACUGGCGCGUUCAGAUUCGUAAAUCAAUCUCGCCUUUCUCACAGCCUAAACGUUCGCUUCAUCGGCAGCACGAAAGUGCUCAGCUCACGCUCAGGCGCUUGUUUAUUUGAAUGUGGACAUUCCCAGGAUCCAAAUAGAGUGUGGUCAUUUAACAGAACCUGCUGGCAUGCCUUUGUGUCAUUUUGCUGUUCUUUUUCUUGUCCUUAAAAAUUAUUUCUCCGUUUUAGAGACUGCUGUCUUCCCAUGUCCAGCAUUUCUCUCUCCCCCCUCUCUCUCUGUCUCCUAUUUUUAUUUUAGACUUUAGCAGAGUGUUUUUCUUUGGAGGACCAUUUUUUAAUGGGUUUGUGGCCAGAACCUUUCAGGGAGUUGCCCUCGCUGGAGCCGGGAGCGGGGGCCCACAUCAGGACCAGGCUGGAUUCAAUACCAGUCUGUGUUUUGUAUCUGGACAAUCAAAGCUGACCACCUCCCUACAGAGUCUGGGCCCAGCCGGCGCCCCGACCCCAUGAGGCCAGAGCAGAUUCCAGUGCGUUUGGCUGGGGCAGAGGCUGUGCAGCCGCCACUGUAGCUGGAACCUCCGAGGCCGACAUUGCGGUGACUGUUUCUUUAGGGUUUAUUAAGACAACUGGGUCCUCAAUCUUUUCUCCAUUGAGUUGCUUUUGGUUUAGAUCCCUCCAAACACGCCGGUGGAGGUCCCUCAGUCCCCUGCUCCCCUACCCUAAAGCUAAUUCUUCCCGGAUUCCCUGCCUGCCCCAGAGGCUGUGGUCCCGGCUGCCUCAAGAGCUGCUGAGGACAGAUAAGGCUGGGGCUUCUUUAGGAAUGUCUUUUCUGCUUCCCUUUGCAUGCCCACCCCCACCCCAUGCCCCGGCCGAGAACUGGGAUUCUAGUUGCCUGUAACUAGAAUGGUCAAGUUUGGCAGGGGUUGUUUUAUUUUGUUUAUAUUUGAGGUGAAGAGGUCUGUGUGUCUCUCUCUCUUUAGGCCUAGGGGAUAGAUAGUCCCUAGUAUUUAACCCUUUAACAGGCACAGCCACCCCCCUCCCCAUCUUUUUCCCAUAGAUCAGCCUCCAUUGUUUGUUGAUUGGAAGCUUGGGGUGCUAACACCUGGAAAAUAGGGAUCCUGGGGCUGCCAGGCUGACUUCAAAGCUUUUCUUCUUCCCUGUUCUCCUGUUCAAACCUCCAGCUGUCUUCACUGGUGUGUUUGGGAAGUAGGGGAAAUGAGACAGGGUGUGACAUAGGUGGAGAGAGGCUGAUGGUCUUAUUCUUUUGUGUAGAAACCUUAGUCCCGGUCUUUGUCUCUAGAAUCUAUUUUCAAACGGUCAGUUGCAUUUGAUUUCAUAUAGUAGUGACAACAUAACGGGGGGGGGGGGAAAUAAGUCCCCCUUGCGAUUAUUCUCAACUCUGGAAGCUCCAGAGUAAUCUCUUCAUCCUGUCCCUUUUUUGCCCCUUCAGAGGGCACCAGAAAAGAUCAAAACGAGAAUAAAGCCAGAAGUCCCACUCUUUAUCCACUUAUACCAUGGACUUACGAAGUGUUUCUUUUCAAACUGGCUCCUUCAGAAUUUUGUCCAUUAUUUAGGAAGAGAGGGAGUGAGUCCCACUCAAAUAAAUACCCCUGGGAGUGGGGAGAAAAUGGAGUUGGGGAGGAAUCUUAAUCCUAAAGGAUGCAGAGAGAAGAACUGGAAGCUGAGAAAUCCAGGGGCUUGGAGAAGGGCUCUGCGCCCACCCCACCCCCACCCCCCAGACGCCCCUGCAGACUAUUUCUGCACCUCCACGAACUAAACAGAAGCAGGAGGAGAAGGGAGAGAGGAGAGGUGGGCUGUGGGUAAGUGUGUGUCCAGGGGGGUUAGGGAGCUGCAGAUAUAGUAGGUAUGAAUGUGAGUGUGGGAGACAGAAGGAGACUUCACUACUGUUCCAUUGGUGGGUUUCGGGUGGGGGGAACUUAUUUUGCAGGAAAAUUUCUCCUCCUGAAGGGGAAGGUCAUAGUGGUCCUUUGAGCCUGAAAUCGAAAGACCCCCUUCCCCCUCCUGGUCACGUGAUUCAUUAAAUAAUUAAUGCCGAGGUUGCAGAAUAGAUAUGUAUUCGUCAGGAAAAUCGCAGGCUCGGUCUCCCUGUUUCUGACGUGCAAUUCAACUGUCCUUUGAAAAACAAGCCUGUACCCCGAGAAAAAAAAAGAGAGAGGGGGAGAGAGAGAGAGAGGGAGAGAGAGAGAAAAAGAAAGGGAGGCAGCAAUAAAACAGCCCCGCAGCCGGAGCCACACCGCGGGCUGGGGUAUUGUAAGUAGAAGGGAUUUCUCACUACCUACCGCGUCUUAUAUGUCCAUGUAAAUUUAUUGUUUGUUAUUAAUGUUAUUGUCGUAAAAUGUGACAAAUAGCCAUCUUCAUUUCCUGCCAUUUCUCUUCACAUGGUGUUCUGUGUGUUUAUACCCAUUGAGGCAUUGCAUAGAGAUUUUAGGAAUAUUCUUCUUCUCUCUCUCUCCCUCUCUCUCUCAUCCUCUCUCUCUCCUCCAACCUUUUCUUGAUUUAUAGCAAUAUGGGUGUCAGCUUCUCGACCGGCAUGCCAGCCAUUGUGUGUGUGCGUGUGUGUGUGCGAACGCGCACGCGUGUGUGUGCGCACGUCUGCAUGUGUUUGUGAGCGAGUUGUGUUGUUUAUGGCCAUGUCUUCGAUAAAUCAUUUCUCACUGAAAAUGAUGUGGAAGCUGGGCUGUUUCUGCGGCCGGCUGGGAGAGAGUCGCUCUCGGAGGUACUUCCUCCCUCUCUGCUCUGCUCCCAGGAGUUGGUUAUUUCAGACGAUUUACAGUAAUAUAUCAGCAGUUAAUAUGAAAGCUCUAUAGCUGGAGGUCUUAAAUUACAGCAUAUGUGAUUAUCAAUUAAAGCAAGAUUUGUAUAAAUUUGGUAAAGCAGAAAUGCCUCGUUGGCAUAUAAACCCAGUCAAAGACCACUGCCUAAUAUAAAAAUUGUAUUUGUGAGCCUGAUAGAGCCAACAUUCCUGCAGCAGCAGACAGAGCUUCAUUUUUAGCAGUUCCCCUCCAGGAGUUUGGCUUCUCCAACUCCAGCCCUGGGUGAACAAACCCAACUCUGAAGGCAGAAGGAGCCAUAGAGUAAGAAAGGUAGAAAUGGAGGAAGAAAUUACUGGAGUUGAAGGCAAAGAUUUUUAUAAUCAAUGGAGACCACAUCGAAGUUCUGUGCAACUGGAAAGGGAUGUGAGGGGCUUCGUUACAUUAUUAAAGCUUAAUGUAUAGGACUGAUGUGUCUGGGGGGUGACUGAAGGUGGAAGAGGAGUUACCCCAAUUGGGGGAGACAAUGGAGGCAAGCAGAGGGUGAAGGGCAGGGAGUGAAGCAGAAAGCUUUGGCUCCCCACCCUCCUGGCUAACAAAACAAGGAAAUGAGUUCACACCACAGGAGCCUUCCUUCGACCUCGACCUCCGAAACAAAAGUUUCCUCAACAGUGAGGGACUCUGUCUUUGGGGCUAAAGUGGGGAGAAGUUCUCCUAAGUUUUUCUAGAAAAGAAAUGUUCUAGAAAGCAGGUGGUCUUAGAAAGUUAGAGAGUGUUAGAGGACAUCAGGUGUGUUCCUUUAUGUAAGUCCUCAUUCAAAAGGGAGAAAACGGGGUACAGAUUGGAGAGGGAGGGGAAGAGCUGGUAACUUUCCCCUAUAGUUUCAUGUGGAGGUUCCUUCCCACUAGGGAAGAGGCUGCUGGUCAAGAGCAAAGCUAGAGGUGGCUUCGGGGGAUGUUUCUGCACUGUGCCCCAAAGUUGUGAUGAACGAGGUGCAGAGGGCCAGAGCCUUAGCCAACUCCAGUCCAGGCUGCUGGCCGGCCGCUCAUUCCCUGACUGGAGCCAGGCCAAUUGACUUUAUAGCCACGAUUAUCUGUGAUAUUUAACUCUGCCUGCUAGUGUAAACCUUUGAACAGGGAAGUUAGAGCAAUGCCGCGCCUAGGUGUUAAUUAUUCAUGGCAUCCGCUACAUGGAGUGGCAGCUUAGGCCCCAGUCCUUGCAGCAUCCAGGAACUUGCUCCCACGCUCUGCUCCAAGUGGACACCGAGUUUCAUCUAAGUUAACAAGGAAUUGAUUCUCAGUGGUGGUGGGUGAAGUCUCCCAAUUCGGGAGCCUCGGUUGAAAAGGGUUUGUGGAGAAAGAGAAGGAGAAGGCCAAGACCCAAGGCUGGGAUGGGUAUGAGCACUGUAUGACCUGGAUACAAUGAACUGGGGAAAGUCUGGAUUCAGGGGCAGCUCUGACAGCACUGGACAUUGUGAGGAGGUGCGAAGGGCUGACAGAGGCAGCAAAGAGACCUGGGGCAUAGGGGUUCCAAACCUUUCAGUCCCAUUCCCCAACCACUCUUUGAGUGUUGGAGAAUCCCACACACACUCAGUGUGGGAGGUAAGCAUUUCUACUUCUCCCUCACCUGGAAAGUGUGUGGUGGUGUAACUGUGAAGAGGGUGAGUUCUCCCCCAGACUGCUGCUCCAGAAUUAGGCCAAAGUCUUGGAGUCUAUGAGAGAGCAGAGAAAGAUCAUCUCUUCCAUGGGGAGGAGGAGGGACAUGAGAGAGAAGGAAGAGGAUAGAAUCAUUUGUAUUAGCUUCUGAAUUCAGCAUGCUUAGCAAGAUGGGGAAGAGAAGGAUCUGCUCUUUGGGCCAGCCCAUAACUAGUAUGGAGAGCCAGUCCCAAAGGCCCCUAGCCCCCUGCAUUUGCAACUCUUCCUCCCUAACCCUUUUCCAUCUCCCCUCCGGCUGCUACUUUUGCCUGUGACAGUCUGACCGACCUCCCCGCCCAGCCCCAACCACCACUACCACCAGCUUUUUCUCUUUAUUCUUUCAGCCCCCUUCAGGUCUUUGUCUCCUCUGGCCCAGAGGAGGGGAGGUGACACUGAUACCCCUCCCCCUCCCUUUCCCCAACACGCACAGACUCUUCACCAGGAGACAAAGCAAGGGGACCAUCCUUUGCCACCAUUAUCUGGUAAAUCCCCUAUGUGUUGCCUGAUGCCUUCCAUCCAGGCAUUUUAGACCUACCCCAAAUCAGCAAGUUUGAAAGGACUUUGUUGUUGUUUAUAUAUACAUUUGGUUCUUUUAGCUAUGAAGCACCCUGCCUUACCAGUCCUGCACCCUCCACUGAUUUGCUUUUUUGUUGUUCAGGAGUUAAGGUAGAACGCACUUGGGGGCAGAGCUCCAGAAAAGCUGCUGACUCUGUCUUCUGCCCUAACUCUCUGCUGUUAUCCUCUCUCUAUAAUUUCAGUGUUUAUCUCUGUGCCUUAAAGAAGCCAGGCUGCUAACACUUUAGUGACCAGCAGAAUUGGAUAGAAACAUGAAGAGUGAGAGGAAGAAGAGAGGGACCCAGAGAGAGAACAAGGGGCAGAAUCCCUUUCUGGGGUGAGGAGUCAAGGCUGAGCCCAAGGAGGGGAUGACUGGGAGAGUGGAAACAAAGGCCAGUCAGAGGGGAAGGGAGGCUGUCCUGGAGGAAGGAGCCCUGCAACUCACAAAGAGAGGCACACAGAGUUAAGUGAGAAGAAGGGAAGUGGGAAGGAAACCACCCCUUUCCCCCUUUCUCUCUAGAAGAGAAUUUCUCUGGGCAGACGGUGGUUCCCCCACAGAGGAAAGGGAAGGAGAAACGCAGCCUAAUGAGUGACCCCAGAAGUGAUUUCUGGAGACAAUCCUAAAUCCUUUGCAAGUCUGAAUUCAAAUUCACUGAAGACCCUGAGAGGGGCAGCAUGUGAAAAAGACCGAGGGGCUGUGAGAAAGGAACCAAGACAACAGAGAUGAUCAGAAAAAGACAGAGAGACCCAAACACAGAAAAGGAGCCCAAACCCCUUGGGGAGCAGGCACAGAGGGAAACUCCUCCAGGCUCCCUGCUCUCUAGUAGCCUUCUUUACAGGAAGUUGCCCAAAGCCCAGGCUAUCUCAGAAGCAACUCCCUCUAGAGUAGGCCCUUGGGGGUGCUAAAUCAGGUGUGAGACAUCUGUGGCAGGAGCUGAAGUGCCAGGGAAUGGCCAAGAUGUCCAGGACACUUCAGCAUCUACCACCAUCACUAGCAUCAGUAAUUUAACCAUUGGGACCUCCCAAACAGAAUGUCAUCAUGGGGGUGGGAGGAAUUAGGACCAGUCUUUCACACCUGGACCCUGGAAUCCUUUCUUGGCUUUUCUUCCCCCUUGUGGGUUUGGUCUCUUCUUUCUCGGGAAUCUGGGGAAGUUGUUGAUCUUGCCGCUUAAGAACUUUUAUCUCCAAUCCACAUCUCCUCCCUCAAACUCCCAGCCUUAACAAGCGGAUGCUUCCCCUACUAAUCUCCUAACUCCCCAUCUUACAGGAAAGAACAAGAAAAGGAAAAGGGGAAAGAAAGCUCCUACAAGCCUAGGCAGCUUUAGAAAACUUGAGGGAAAAGAGGAGCUGCAAACCUUUCUAGCCCCUCUGAUCCUUUCCUUUGCCCCCUUGCCAUUGCUCUGCUGCCUCCAUUGCCCCCCUCCCUGUCCCAGCGCUCCUGUCCUGCCCAGAACUUUCCCUUCCCCUCCCUUCUCCGCUGGGCCGGACAUAUGGAACCCAUUUCGCUGGUGACAUUGAAGAGCCGCCGGUGUGCCCGCCUUCCGCCAUGGCGCCCCCAGCGCUCCCCGCGCCUCGCCGUGCCCUGUCAGUCGCUGCUCCUCUCGCCUGGCAACUUGGCCUGUUCUCAAAGCCCGAGCCCAGUUCGGUGCCAGACGAGCCUGGGUUUCCCACAGCUUUGCGCGGCCCGGGCGUAGUGGGAGCUUCUCAGGAAAGGGGUGCCGGCCACGCUGGAGUGCCAGAUCCUCGCGCUCCUGGGGCCCCGGAGGCCGAACAAAGCCGGGGGCGGGGGCGGGGGCGGGGGCGGUGUGGGGGUGAGCGCAUCCGGGCCUCUCCCCCAGGGGCCUGCUGGGGGUUGAGUGACCGGGAUGCGGCCGGCCGCAGCGGAGCCCCAGCCGGGGCCGAGGGUCCGGGGCCUGGCAGUCGGCCCCCGUGCGCACUCCGCGACCGGUCGCCUGCAGCUGCCCGCGCCCUAGCGGAAGACAGCACAGGAGGGGAGAUUUCUCGCCUGCCGCUCGCGCUGGGGCUCGAUGUGAAUAUAUAUUAUGUCUGCCUGUUCUCCCCUCGUCGGUGGCUAAGGUCAGCCGUUUGGAACAGACCCCGGAGGAGGGGGGCACAGAGGGGAGGGGGGGGGGGGUCCGGCGUGUCACGUGACCCCCAGGGUUGCCAAUGUCCGGUUCUGAGGGUAUCAGGCCUUUGCAAGUUGCCACCCACUGCCCAGGCCUCACCCAGCGAUGCAGAAAGCCACCUACUACGACAACACUGCGGCUGCUCUCUUCGGUGGCUACUCCUCUUACCCUGGCAGCAAUGGCUUCGGCUUCGACGGCCCCCCGCAACCCCCAUUUCAGGCCACCACACACCUGGAGGGCGACUACCAGCGCUCAGCGUGCUCACUGCAGUCCCUGGGCAACGCUGCCCCACAUGCCAAGAGCAAGGAGCUCAACGGCAGCUGCAUGAGGCCGGGCCUGGCCCCCGAGCCCUGCCCGCCCCGCCCGGCUCACCCCCGCCCAGCGCCGCACCUACCAGUGCCACUAGCAACAGCAAUAAUGGGGGUGGUACCAGCAAAAGUUGUCCCCCCAAGUGCGGUCCCGGCACCAACUCCACCCUCACCAAACAGAUAUUCCCUUGGAUGAAAGAGUCGAGGCAAACGUCCAAGCUGAAAAACAGCUCCCCCGGCACAGCAGAGGGCUGUGGUGGCGGCGGCGGCGGUGGUGGCGGCAGCGGCGGCGGAGGCAGUGGUGGCGGCGGGGGCGGCAGCGGCGGCGCGGGAGGGGACAAGAGCCCCCCGGGGUCUGCGGCGUCCAAGAGGGCGCGAACGGCGUACACGAGCGCGCAGCUGGUGGAGCUGGAGAAGGAGUUCCAUUUCAACCGCUACCUGUGCCGGCCUCGCCGUGUGGAGAUGGCCAACCUGCUGAACCUCAGCGAGCGGCAGAUCAAGAUCUGGUUCCAGAACCGGCGCAUGAAGUACAAGAAGGACCAGAAGGCCAAGGGGCUGGCCUCCUCGUCAGGGGGCCCCUCUCCCGCCGGCAGCCCCCCUCAGGCCAUGCAGUCCACCGCCGGCUUCAUGAACGCCUUACACUCCAUGACCCCCAGCUACGAGAGUCCUUCCCCGCCCGCCUUCGGCAAAGCCCACCAGAAUGCCUACGCGCUGCCCUCCAACUACCAGCCCCCUCUCAAAGGCUGUGGCGCCCCGCAGAAGUACCCCCCGACCCCGGCGCCCGAGUAUGAGCCGCACAUCCUCCAAGCCAACGGGGGCGCCUACGGGACGCCCACCAUGCAGGGCAGUCCGGUGUAUGUGGGCGGGGGUGGCUACGCAGAUCCGCUGCCGCCCCCUGCCGGCCCCUCCCUCUAUGGCCUCAACCACCUUUCCCAUCACCCUUCCGGGAACCUGGACUACAACGGGGCGCCCCCUAUGGCCCCCAGCCAGCACCACGGACCCUGCGACCCCCACCCUACCUACACAGACCUCUCCUCUCACCAUGCGCCUCCUCCUCAGGGUAGAAUCCAAGAAGCACCCAAAUUAACACACCUGUGAUGGGAGAGGGCAGACGAGGGUUAGGGGAUGGGGAGGAAGAGGGAGACUGUGGAGCUCUGUGGGGGCAGUCUGGACGUCUGAAAGAGAGGCCAGGGAGGUGGUAGCCAGGCUUCCUGGGCAGAACCAGCCUGAAGCUCCUUCCCCUCCCCCUGGCCUGAGAGGUUGCUUUUAAGUCCUCCACCCCUUGUUCCAUCUGCCUGCUAACCCAUCGGAAAGGAUUCCACAGCAGAUUGGAGAUGACCCCAGCAACCCCAGGGCUCCAGCACCAAGCUGGAAUUCCACGCCCGGGAGUGGGGUAGAGGAAGACGAGAUAGGACGAGGCAGAGAAGCACAUUUUAAAAACCAGACAAGAUGGCUAGGCCAUCACCACCCAACGGACUUACCUUACAUCUUUGUAGGUAAUUCCCCCGAAAUCUUGAUUUUUUUUUCCUCAAUUCUCCUUAAAAAAAAUAAGAAAACACAUUUCAAACCCAAAGGGCACAAAGCACGUUCCCUUUCAACUAUCCCCCAUCCUCAAAUUUGUUCCCAUUUAUUUGAGGUUUUUUGAGGUACCUACCCUCUUCAUUUCCAGCCCCAGGUUUUUCUGCUCUAAGACAUUCAUGUCUAUACAUCCCACCCUCAUCAAUUACAGCUGUUAGAGGGCUCAGGGAUGGUGAGAGAUCCUGAAAGAGCUGCUCAUAUUAUAAAUUAUAUAUAUAUUUUUAAGGAAAAGUGUGGAGGCCAGGGCAGGCAGGUUGUUAGGACUGAAGGCUUGCCUAUUCUGCCUCCAUCUCAGCUCCAACUCCAUCCCCCUCUCUCCACAGAAAGCAGUUGGUGACACGAGGUUCUACACUUUUCUUUUCUUCUGUUGCUCUCUUGACUUAACGUGAAAACAGGGUAUAUUUGAACAAACUGUCCCAGGCAGGGGCUGCUGCAGGGCCUGUAUGCCUUGCUCAGCCUCCUGACAGGACACUUUUGUUGCACUUAGAGUUUACAUUUUAAUGGAUAUAAAAACAACUGUGAGAGAUGUCUGGGCCUGCAGAAGUCCGCAUCGCUCAAAAAAGUGUGUGUUCUAGUGAACAUUUUCAUAUAUAUUUAUUGGUUAUAGCCUGUUAAAAUAUUUUCUUUUUUGUAUUAUUUAUCCCCCUACAUUAUGUAUUUAUAUGAGGGAAAAAUUGAAAAAAAAAUUGUACUUUUUUAGUAUUUACUUGUUAUAAAGGACGUUGUGUUUCCUGUCAUGUAAAACCAGCUAUUUUAGUUAUUCUUGUACUCUAGAAAAGAGCUGUAGAUUUAUGUUAAACUCGUACUUAUGAACAAUUGUAAUUAGUUCUAAAAGGCAUGAACUCAGCUCCUAAUUGUCGCUGUAUAGUCCUGAAUUUGUAGAACUAGAGUUAAUUCCCUCUUGGAACUUUCUUUGUUCUUCGGUAGUUACUUUUUUCCUUACCUAAAAGGGUUGUCUGUCAAACAAUUCUUGAAUAAACUUUGUGUUAUCAAUUUUA